UUUACUGCAGCAGCUUUCAGUUGCUGUUUGUUUGUGGGCCUGUCUGUCUUAAACACGUGAAAUGCUCAACUGGGUUAAAAUCAGCUGACUGACUUGAUCAUUCAAGAAUAUUCUACCUCUUUGCUUUAAUAAACUCUUGCACUGCAAGCUGUCCAGUGUUCUUUAUGGAACACUGGAUAUGGACACGCCUUACUCAUGGAGAGUGUUGUUCACUUGAUUGGCUGUUGUGAAGUCUUUUCUCGUCACCAUGGUAAUGAUUCUGCAAUCAUCCGUAGAUUUCCAGGUCUUUUUGCGUUUCUGAUUUCACCAGUGCUUGCUUUCUUUCUCAGGAUGUACCAAACUGUAGAUUUUGCCAUAUUGUAAAGAAAUUUCUCAGAUGGGUUUGUUUUUGUUUGUUUUUGCAGCUUAAGGAUUGCUUGUUUCACCUGCAUGGACAGCUCCUUUGACCACAUGUUGUCUGUUCACAGCAAAAUCUCCAAAUGCAAGCACCACACCUCAAAUCAGCUCCAGGCACAAGGACAUAACGAAGGAUGGUUGAUGUAACAGUUGUUGGGACACUUUUAUUACACUUACAGUAAUGUAAAGCAUCGUCUUGAUUGAUAUUACCCCUUAUUUUCAGGGAUUCCACAUGGGAGGUGAAGACCCACAAAUUGUUCAUAGUUAAAGCAAAGCUAAGUGCUACAUAUCUUUAUGCAUGCUCAAACAACUCAAACAGCCUUGUUGUUUACUGAUGGCAUUGUGCAGUCUACUCACAGCUAAUUUUGCACUGGUCCGUAGAUGACUUUACACAGCAAAGACAAACAGUGCGCUACGUUCAUUGCUGAGAUGAAAAGGUGUCCAUUUUAGCAAUGUGAACUCCAAGUCUGUCGAAAAUGUCUUUCUCUAACAGUGACAUCAGUCCAGAGUUGUCUUUCAACAAAUACACACACCUCUUCCUUUGUUCUUCUCAGCCUCUGGUGUGCAAUCCACUCUGUAGACACUGUGCCCCUGUGUUUCCACAGCUGCAUCUGGGAUGUUUUUAAUACAGCCAUGUGUCGGAAUUUAUUGUUACACACCUGUCACUGACAAACUACAGUCUCAAAUCAUCCGUUUUGUUGAAAAGUGAGCGAGAACAGACAAGAACUAAACUGUGCCAAGACUAACGUAGCCUGACUCUUCAUCAGAGUGCGUGCAGGUCCAGUCAGUUUCGAUUCCAGGGCAGAAUUUCUAAAAAAGAGAUUUGGCUUUGAGGUGGAUCAGUGUUCUUUUUGUACUGAUGAAAAUGAAACCCUAAAACAUCUUUUUUUUUUUCUAUGCCCUAUCACACAGUGUUUUUGGUGUGACAAAAAAUUGGAUUUCUCUAAAAAUUAAUGAUGUGCCACCAUUUGAACUAUAUCAUAUUGUUUUUAUGUGGAUCAUCUAACUUUGGAUGUCUCUGACAUAUUAACAUCAUCAUAGUAUUGGGUAAAUAUUAUAUCCAUUGUGCUAAAUGGAGGAACUCUAAGCCUUCUUUCCCUGGUUUUGUUAAUGAUUUUAAGUUGUUUUUUUCUUCGCUUAAAAAGGUAAAGAGCAAAUAUGCCAAAAAAAUUACCAGGGUAUUGCCCAUCUCCUGCUAUUCUAAAUUUUGACUUUUUUUUUUUCACUGCUCCCUUUUAUGCACAAUUUAAAUGCCUGCCAUGUAUCUUUUCUGUUUUUUUAUUGUAUUUUUUAUUCGUUUAUUUAUUUAAUUUUCUAUUAUUCCCCUAAUGCUGUAUUUCUUGUACUGUUGUACUGUUUCUAAUUUUCAUUUGUAUUAUUAUCUGUGUUACCCUCUUCCAGAGUUUGUUUUUGCAAUUGCGCAAUAAAAAAAAUAAAGUUUGUUUUCCGGAUCACGUGACCACUGCCUUCAUGACGAUUCAUACGCGGGUUCCUCAUCCGGCUCCUGAGAUGCGUUAAUACCGCCGCCAUAUUGCAACGGGGUUCUUUGGGUCAGCCCAAAAUAAUAGAAUAUGCCAGACUUUUGUGCCGCUCUCGGGUGCUCUAAUCAAAGAAACGCCAACACCAAGCAGCAGGGAAUAACUUUUCACAGGUUCCCGAAGGACAAAGUUAAAAGGCAGUUAUGGAAAAUGGCCCUGAAGAGAAGAGACUUUGAGCCAAAUGACCGCUCGGUUGUCUGCAGCUGUCAUUUCAAAGCAGAAGACUUUGACAGGACUGGACAGACAACUCGUAUAAGAGAAGGAGUGAUUCCAUCAGUUUUUCUAUUUACAAGACAUCUUGGCAAGGCACAUACUGCAACCAGAACAAGCAGGACCUCUCAGAAAGCUGCAGAACAACCCCCACAGGUGCAGGCUGUGGAGCCCACAGCAUCUGAUCAUCAGUAUGCUCUAGACCCAGUGCAAGUAAAAAAGCGGUUAAAUGAGGCCCGGGAGAAGUUGGAGGAAUUGCGUCGGGACUUAAGAAAUGCUAAGGAUCGGGAAAGAAGGCACAAAAAGACAGUAAAAAGCUUGCUGGAGGAUUUGAAACACAAACACAUACUCUCAGAAGAACUGCAGCAAAGACUGGAUGAUAUUCUGCUUGGGUAAACUGUGGCCUCUCUUUGUGUCUCCAAUGGCCUGAGGUGUUCCUAAAAAAAACCAAAAAAAAGUUGCUCAGAUUUGAUAUUAAAGUUCUUAAAAAAAUAUCUCCAAAAGUUGAAUCUGUUCAUCUGGACGUAGCGUUUUGUGGGAGAAACGUUUCGUCACUCAUCCAUCCGUUUCUCCCACAAAACGCUACGUCCAGAUGAACAGAUUUACUUUCCUGGAUGAUUGAGAAUGCAUCAAGACUUCUUAAAAAAUAGUGUUUCCAUAACACCAUAUGGGUUAUAUUAGUGUGAUCCUUUGUAAAUGUUCAAAAUAAAAUCUAUAACACUUUAAAAAAAAAUCAUAACAAGUGAAGUGAUAAACAGUCACUGUAGAAUUUUAUCAAACAUUUAUACUGGAAGCAAAGGAACCUCUCACUCAUGUUUCAUUAAGUGCUCGUCAGCAAGCAGACCCAGUGCAUCACCUGAGAGCAGAUCAAUGUUAUCUGCCACUCAGGAAGCGGUUCCUCAAAGACCACUUUGUUCAGUGUUAAAAAGUAUCCUUCUGGAAGACUUCAAGUGAGAGUUGGGCUGCUUUGACUGACAAACGUACCAGCACAGCUCGCUGUGUGCUGCUGUUCCAGGCUUUAGAGCAAUUUAAUGGAAUUAUCUGACAAAUAAUCUGACCUGCUGUGUUGUGGUUUUAAGGCCUGAUAUUGCACGUAAUCUAAGUAGUCUUGCAGACACAGCAUGCUAACGAUGUCUUAGUCAGGAGCCUCUAAGAUCCACUCCAGAAGGCUCAUCUUGUAUCUCAUGGCAGUUUCGUAUAAUCCCGCAGCUUUUUACUUUGACAUUAGAUUUUAUGUGACUAUUAUCAAUUCUUUCCUUUUUUGUUGAACUAUUCUAUUGUCUGCUACACAAACCCAAAUUCUUAAGCAUUAACAAGCUGUCCUUUUAAGCACAACUUGGUUCAUCCGUGUUAUAGAGCUCAACCUUCCUGCAGCUCCUCUGCAGUAACAUUAAGCACACCUUUGAUCUCACGAGUAUUCCUUGUCCAAUCAGACCUCGAUUACUCGAGUACUCUUACAAUAAAUUAUUUCAUCUCUUGUA